AGCUGCAAUCAUGAAGACUCUGAUCGCCGUGUUGUUGGUCGCCUUCGUGGCAGCAGAGCAGAAGCGCGAGGCUGAGCCUUCCGUCGGCCUCCAUCACCCCCUUCUCUACCCUUAUGGAAGUGCCUACGGACUCUACCCGUAUGCCAGGCAUUCCUACCUCAGUACCCACGGCCACAUCCUUCACAAGCGCGACGCUGAAGCCGACCCUGGCUACCUCUUGGGAGGAGGUCUCGGCCUAGGCGGCGCCUACGGCCUAGGCGGCGCCUAUGGUUACGGCCUCAACUAUGGCCUUGGAGGAGCUUAUGGCUAUGGCUAUCCUCUGGGUCACGUCUCCUACAGCACCGUCGGCCACUCAAUCGGCAAGCGUGAGGCCGAGCCUGGCUACCUCUUGGGAGGAGGUCUCGGCCUAGGCGGCGCCUAUGGUUACGGCCUCAACUAUGGCCUUGGAGGAGCUUAUGGCUAUGGCUAUCCUCUGGGUCACGUCUCCUACAGCACCGUCGGCCACUCAAUCGGCAAGCGUGAGGCCGAGCCUGGCUACGGUCACGGCCUUCUUGGAGGUCUUGGAGGAUCCUACGGCUACGCCUCCUCUCUCCUCUAUCCAGGGAUCGCCCACUCCUACCAAUACAAUCAUGCUGUUAAUCCUCUUAUCUACGGAUAGGGAGAUCAUGUCCUGGUCAUAUGGCAUUUCCUCCUGAUAUGAACAUCUAUGUAUUUCAUAAUACUCUUCGAUGUAUUGAUGAUCUCUGAAAAAUGAAAUAAACAGUCUGCAAGUCA